ACAGGGAGAGAAGCGCCACACUGCGUCAGCCAGUCCUCCGGUGAAGGUUCCCUGAGCUCCACGCUGCCCCGGAGCACACUUUAAGACUCUUACAGCAGAACUCCGUGUAAAAGUUAACUGCAGGUCUGAGUUUCUAUCGGACUGUCCCAUCAUGAGUCUCCGGAUUGUUCUGUGCGUAAUGGCCCUGUUCGCCUCCUCUAGUCUGGUGGCCGAGGCGCUGAGAGCCAAACGCCUCGCCAUCGGCUGCCCGGAGAAGUGCGACAAGUCUCAGUGCGCUCCCAUCCCCGCGGACUGCCUGGCCGGCGACGUGCUGGACCGCUGCGACUGCUGCCCGGUGUGCGCGUCCGGCGAGGGCGAGCAGUGCGGCGGCACCGGAGACCGCGAUUGCGCCGAGGGGAUGGAGUGCGUGGUGACCGACGGCGUGGAGGUGUCGGCCACCGUCCGGCGGAGGGGCAGCGCCGGCGUGUGCGUGUGCAAAAGCUCCGAACCCGUGUGCGGCAGCGACGGCGUCUCGUACCGGAACAUCUGCGAGCUGAAGCGCGUCAGCAACCGGGCCAUGAAGCUGCAGCAACCGCCGGUGAUCUUCAUCCAGAGGGGAACCUGCGGGAAAGGUCAGCAGAACCCCGACAGUCUUCGCUACAAGUACAACUUCAUCGCUGAUGUGGUGGAGAAGAUCGCGCCUGCUGUAGUUCAUAUUGAACUGUAUCGCAAGAUGAUGUUUUCCAAGCGGGAGGUGCCCGUAGCCAGCGGCUCCGGGUUCGUUGUGUCAGAGGACGGACUCAUCGUUACCAAUGCCCAUGUGGUGGCCAACAAGCAGAGAGUGAAGGUGGAGCUGAAGAGCGGAGCCACAUAUGAUGCCAAGAUCAAAGACAUCGAUGAGAAGGCAGACAUCGCUCUGAUCAAGAUCGAUACACCGAUGAAGCUGCCGGUGCUGCUGCUCGGUCGCUCGGCAGACCUUCGUCCCGGCGAGUUUGUGGUCGCGAUAGGCAGCCCGUUCUCCCUGCAGAACACCGUCACCACCGGCAUCGUCAGCACCACCCAAAGGGGAGGCAAGGAGCUUGGCCUGCGCAACUCAGACAUGGAUUACAUCCAGACUGACGCCAUCAUCAAUUAUGGCAACUCUGGAGGACCACUAGUCAAUCUGGAUGGGGAGGUGAUCGGCAUCAACACUCUGAAGGUCACAGCAGGAAUCUCCUUUGCCAUCCCCUCAGACAAGAUCAGACAGUUCCUGGCAGAGUCACACGACAGACAAGCUAAAGGUAAAACACCACAGAAGAAGAAAUACAUCGGCGUCAGAAUGAUGAGUCUCAGUUCAUCGCUGGCUAAAGAGCUGAAGGCGCAGCAGCCAGACUUCCCAGAUGUCACUUCUGGGGCGUACGUCAUUGAGGUCAUCAGCCGAACUCCAGCUGAGGCAGCCGGUCUGAAGGAGAGUGAUGUCAUCAUCAGCAUCAACGGCGAACGAAUCACCUCUGCCAGCGACGUCAGCGCUGCCAUAAAGCGGGACGACACGCUUCGAAUGGUGGUGAGGCGAGGCAACGAGGACGUCAUCCUCACCAUCAUCCCCGAGGAGGUCGACCCUUGACCUCUUAGCUGACUGAGCUACCAUUCAACGCAACACCUUAACCGCUCACGCGAUCUCGAGCUGGCUCUCAGUGUUUUUCAGCCAAUCAUGAACACUUAAAAAAAAGAACAAAUAUGUUAGGGUGUGUCUGGGGCCACACCUAGAAUUUGUAAUUAUUAGUACUGCUACUCGUCUUCCAUUUUUAUAACGCUGACACACCUUCAGAGGUUCGUCACUCUGGGAUCUGAUGCUUCGACCCUGUCAUUGUACGGCUCAUAUUAGCUCUCAUCUUUCCUCUUUUCCAUCCUCACAGACCUUUUAUAUCCUACUAACACCAUCUGUCGCUACAAAGAGGUUACUGCAGGUUUCCGUAGUAUCACUGUGUACUGUAUGUUCUCCAUGGGAUAUUUUUAAUAGUGUUUUUUUUUCAGUAUGUGUUUGAUGACAAUGUUUUCAAAAAAGGGAAUAAAAUUAUUUUUAAAAAAGU